UACAAUCAUUAAUUUGUAUUAAAAAGUAUUAAACCUUGUAAGAAAGUAAUUAACUUUCUUCAUUCUGUUAUUACCAAGGCCAAUCAGUUAAAUGAGAGAUAAAAAGCCUGGAAGAUCCAAUCAUUUUGUAAACAUCCUCUCAAACAAUGAUAUUUCACUUCCUGUAUCAGUGGCUUUGACUUCAUUAAUGGAUAUAAUGUUUAGAUUGACUUUAUCUUGCUUGUUAUCAAGAGGAUAUUAAAUUUCACAAUGACUGAACUCAUUACAUAUGAAACAUUUAGGUCCCUUUGCUUUAUUCUUAAAAUCUGAUGACAUAUGAAGACUUCUGUGAUUAUGACAUUGACUGUGUUCAGCAGAAUUAACAGUUGUAACUGAGCAAAGGUGUUUCAAUUGGUAGUUGUUACAUUGUUACAUCUGCUGAAAGAUGAAUGACAUAUGCAUUGGAAUAAAAAGCAGCCCUUGUUGGUCAAUUUCAGGUUGCGAUAGGUAGCCUAAGUUAAAGACGCUACCAAAUGGGACGUCAAGACACCAAACAUGUUCUGAAACAACAUUACUGUAGAGGGUGUUCAGCAGAAAAAUACUUAAUUGCUCCGGAACUGUUGAGUCUGCUGAAUGCAGUUAUUGGGACUUAAAUGCUAAUGGUUUAGCCUCAAACUUGUGGAGGAAUGAUCUUAAACCUGCCUGUUGCUCCUAAAGUUUAAGCUAUUUUAUUUAUUGCACUAAACUUUGUGCAUAUGAUUUAAUGCAUGUAACUUGGAUACUCUGUCCCAUGCAACAAAAUUUUAUUUUGCCUAUUGUCCUUAAUUCAUUAGUGAUCUAUCCUCAUUGAUAUAGAUUGUUGUUUUAUCUUCGUUUGCCUAGUAAAAGCUAAUGCUUUCAUAACUAAGAAGAAAUUUUGUAUAUUUUUUGUAUUUUAAUUUUUGCUCAUUCAAUUUUUCAUCCAAAACUGCUGUUUGUAUGCAUGGAACUCUUGAAUAAUCACUUUUGUUUAAUACUAUAAUUUGUUUUAACUCCAUUGCUCUGUAUAGACAAUUUGGUACUGUUAAUGAAUGUUUCACAUAUAUCCCAAUCAAAUAAGGAAGCUGUAUCAUCAAAAGUAUGUGUCCACUGUAUAAUUGCAAAGUCGUCAUUGCCAUUCAAAGAUUAAAUAGAUUUUUCUACAUUGUGAAAUUCAUGAACUGAAGACCCGAAUUGAUGUACCAUAAUACUAAAGUCAAUAUUGCAUGAUUCAUUUUCAAGAUGGUUCUCUAUUUCAUCACCUAAAGCUAUUCCAAACUUAUCCACAUUGAGUGAAAGUAACAAAAAAAUCUAUGAAGCACAUGCAUAUUCUAUGCAAUCAUUCUUUUGAUUCAUCAUAAUCAAGCAAAGAAUGUUGCAUAUGGCUAUUACAUUUUACUUUAUAUUACUUUAUUUAGAAAGUUGGUGAAGACCCAGGUGCCACCUGUAGGCAUAACCUAGGGUUGAAAUGAGAUGAGGAGGAAGGGGAAGAAGGAUUGUUCUCUAAAAAUGGAUUCAGCAGAUGAAAAUUUUUUUUUAUCUGAAGGAAAUUUUGGAUGUUUGUGGACAGAUGUAGAUUCUUCAAAUAGACUGAACAACUUAUCACUUGAAGAUAUAACACAAAUAUUAAAUGAUAAUCUUCCAAAUGAUACAGAAAUAUAUGAUGAUUUACAACAAAAUAAUCCAAUAACAGAGGAAAAUUGUAAUCCAAAUGUAGUAUUAAAUUCAGAUCAAGUUAAUGAUAUUCCAGCUACCACUAAUUGGGAAGGACCAUAUGGAUUUGAUAUUUCAUUUCAGUCUGAAGAGAACAAAAAUAGUAACUGUGUUUACUCUGAAGUUAAAGAUAAACUGUUUGUUGAUAUGAAUGUGGCAUGUUCAUUGAGAGUUAAACUGAAAAAUCCACCACCAGAUGGAUCAAAAAUUCGUGUAAUGCCUAUAUUUAGCAAACCAGAAUUCUUAACAAAAGUAGUCAAGCGUUGUUUAAUUCAUUCUGCACCCACAAAUAGUAAUAACGAUGGACAUCCAGCACCACAACAUUUGAUUCGAUGUGAUCAUGAAUUUGCACAAUAUGUAGAUGAUCCUGUCACUGGAAGGCAGAGUGUUGUUGUUCCAUAUGAAAACCCUCAAGUUGGAACAGAUUUCACUGUAUACAUAUACAGAUUUAUGUGCCGUAGUAGUUGCACAGGAGGACUUAAUCGAAGAGCUACUCAAGCAAUUUUUACAUUAGAGAAAGAUGGUGACCUACUUGGUCGUAAAGUCUUAAAUGUAAGAAUAUGUGCAUGUCCUGUUAGAGAUAAAAACUCAGAAGAAACCCAGCAUAAUAAACAGCGAAGAAAUUUAAAGAGAGCUUAUAGUAAAACCAGUCUAACAUCCUAUUCCUAUUCUGGGCCAAGUCAUUCUAAAAUUCCAAAAUUGGGAGAUGAUUAUAUUGAAAUAAAAAUACUUCGAAGGCAUUAUGAAUGUAUUAAAAAAGUACUUGAUGCAUUAGCUAUGAUGGAUAUAUUGACAGCAGAACAAAAAUUAUUAAUAAAUCGAAAACUAUCACAAAAACCAAGUUUAAACCCAGAAGACAGUAUGAAAUUUAAGCAAUAUAAACAAGAAUUUUAUUGUAACAAGAAACAAGACUUAAAUUUGCCAUCAACAUCUACUGGUAAUUUAGUAAGAUUUGAUUCAAACUCUAGUGAUGACUCAAGGUAAGUUAAAGUAUACGUGUUUCAAUUAUAAAUUUUAGAAAAAAAUUAAUAAAUAAGAAUUCUUGUUUGAAAAUUUUCUUUAAAUGUUUCAAAAAAAAAAAAAAAAAGAAAAACGUUGAGACU